UUGGCACCAGCACUUGGCGGUUGCUUCCGUGAUGAGCGGCGGUGUUCAGCUACGGAGUUAGCAAACAGUUGGCAGAAAAGAGAAAAUUAUUCUCUGAGGGGGGUCAGAGAUUGGAUGACUACGAUUUAGAAAAGUCAGCCAGCUGAAAGAUGUUCAGGAUGGAGAUACAUGUUUGGCUAUUGGCCUUUUGUGUUAUCGUCACAUCUGAACUACAGUGGCGUAGGAACCCCAAGCUGAACAAGUGCUGGGAAGUAUGGAGGAAAAAAUAUGGCAAAGACUAUCAAAAUCAGAAUCAGGAAGAGCAGCGCCGAAUGACUUGGGAAAAGAACGCACAAUUUAUCGCACUACACAAUCUCGAAUAUUCACUUGGCAUGCAUUCUUACGAACUUGGCAUGAAUAACCUAGGAGAUAUGACCAGUGAGGAAGUGUCGUUGCUCCUGACCGGCUUAAAAAUCCCAUCCUGGUGGAACCGAAAUUCCACGUCGCACCCAUCCAUCGUAGGCUCUCGCCUCCCUGACUCCGUAGACUGGAGGGCCAAAGGAUUUGUCACGAGCGUUAAAGACCAGUAUUCGUGUGGCGCUUGCUGGGCUUUUAGUGCUGUUGGUGCCCUGGAAACUCAAUUAAAACUCAAGACUGGGAAACUGGUGUCGCUUAGCCCACAGAAUCUCGUUGAUUGCUCCAGCUUCUAUGGGAACCAUGGCUGUAACGGAGGUUAUAUGCCUGCUGCUUUUCAGUAUAUCAUAGAUAAUAAAGGCAUCAACUCCGAGGCCUCCUAUCCAUAUAAGGCCAAGGAUGGGCUCUGCCGCUAUAAUCCCGCUGCACGAGCUGCUACCUGCUCUAAAUAUAUCUUGCUUCCAUCUGGAAAUGAGACUUAUCUACAGGAUGCUGUAGCCAGAAUUGGACCGGUGUCAGUGGCCAUCGAUGCAAAUCAGCCAACGUUCUUUCUGUAUAAGCAGGGAGUUUAUAAUGAUGCCAGAUGUACGAGUCAGCAUUUGAAUCAUGGUGUUGUCGUGGUUGGAUAUGGAAAGGAGAAUGGCAUGGAUUACUGGCUUGUGAAGAACAGUUGGGGAAUCUAUUUUGGCCAAGAAGGCUAUAUUAAAAUUGCAAGAAAUCAAGGGAAUCGCUGCGGCAUCGCCAGCUACUGCUCCUAUCCACUAAUUUAGAUGGCGUCUUCAGUUUGCAAUUUCUUCACUUGAGGAGCCCUAUUAGGCAGCUAAUCUUAGUAUAUAUAUAUAUAUAUAUGUAGGUCUUUGGUUGUUCGGGUUUUCUCCCGCGUAAAAUUGGAAGACACUUCCAAUUUUACGCGGGAGAAAACCCAAACAACCAAAGACCUACAUACAAACACCCGCGAAAACCUCAGAAAACAUAUAUAUAUAUAUAUAUGUUGCAUUUGGGAAGAGCGAUUGAUUGCCAAAACCCAGAUCUUCCAUUCGGCUCCACCUGGUAGAUCUGAGACAAGCAGCCCAUAUGAGGGUUUAUCUGGGUUUAGUUCAGAAUUUGCUAACGAUCUCAGGGGCACCGCCAGGCUUAAUCAGUUAAUCAGGUAAUGUCUGCCAAUCUGCUUUGAACAACCAAAGAGCACUGGGUAAUUGUCAGGGAUUUCCAUUCAGGCCACCUGAAAACGUCCAGAAUCUGCAUUCAAGAAUGUAAAGCAAAGUCUUCUUCAAGGUUCAGCCAUUUGCGAGACGGUUUCUCAUCUGGAAAGAGUCAAAUGCAUACAAGUUGAACUUUGGAUUCAUUUAACGUGAGGAAGAAAAGAACAUUUUCACUGCUGGGAGCCAUUACAUGGAAUGCAACAUUAGAAACAUGGAAUCCUAGGGCUGGAAGGGACCUUGGGAGGUCAUUUAGUCUAACCCUCUGCCCAAGACAGAAGACCUUACUAUACCACCCCAGACAAAUGGCCGCCCAAUCUUCUUUUGAAAAUCUCCAGCGAUGGAGAUUUGGUUCUUCUUUCAGCGUAUGCUGGAUCCUUCCUGAACCUGGUUGAAAUUUAAUUCGAAAGCCCAGAUUUAACCUUGGCCCUGUAUUAAAGAUUAUUAAAGGCAAUGCACGUUCAAGAAAA